AUGCAAAAGCUCAUGGAGCUUCUCGGAGAAGAUGGUUUGGAAGAUUUGAACGAUUUGGAUGAGGGCUCAGGCGGUGAUAGUGACGAAGACGGCGAAGAGGGCUCAGGCGAAGAGAACUUCGAGGAAGGGGUCGAAGCGGAUUCAGAUGGUUCAGAAGAUGAAGAGGAGGUGGCGCUUGAUGAUCUCGAAGACGGUCAUAUUGAUGAAGAUGUGGUUCCAAAACAAAAAGUCGAGAUCGACAACACGGUUGCUCUUCGUCGUAUAAGAGAGACAAUUAAGCUUGACUCAUCAUUACCGUGGACAGAUACCCUCGUCAUAUCGUGUCCUCAAGCAAUAGAGGUCGAUGUAGAUGACGACCUCAACCGCGAGCUUGCAUUCUAUAAACAAGCGCUACACGCUGCCAAUACCGCCCGCACCCUUGCUGCCUCUCAUUCCCUACCGUUUACGCGCCCCACAGACUAUUUUGCAGAGAUGGUCAAAUCCGAUGCACACAUGGAACGUCUUCGCUCACGAUUGCUCGAUGAACGUGCUGGGAUCAAGAAGUCUGAAGAAAAGAGAAGAGAGAGGGAGGGGAAGAAGUUCGGCAAACAGGUGCAGAUGGAGAAGCUCAAGGAGAGAGAGCGUAGUAAAAAGGACAUGGAUGAGCGACUCAAGGGACUCAAAAGAAAACGCAAAGGCGCUCUGGAAAAUGCUGAAGCCGACGGCGCCGAUGGAGACACGUUUGACAUCGCGGUUGAAGAUGCCAUUGCUGACAGGCCUGCUAAGCACGCCAAAGGCCCUGGCGGGAAGAAGAUGGCGCGUAACGCACGCGAUCAAAAAUUCGGCUUUGGUGGCCAAGGCCGAAGGUCAAAACAAAACACCAAAGCCUCUACAGACAACUUCGAUUCAGCACCAGGAAAAAGAGGAGGACAUGGAUCGAAGGCAGGACGAGGAGGUGCAGGAGGUAGUAAAAGGCCAGGAAAAAGCAAACGCGUUGCCUCCAGGAGUCGUAAAUAA